CGAAGGCAGCUCUGCAACCGCGCAACACGUAAACAAGCAGCACAAUGGCCCAGCCGUCGUCGGGCACGACCUCUCUUCUGACGGAGCAUUUCGAGUACCCUCCGAUUGCUCUUCUGGACGACGUGAUCAACGCCGUCAAUAAUAUUCUAUACAAAUGCACAGCAGCCAUUGAAGCAUUUCUGCAAAAUACCCCACCUUGCAAAGAUAUACCAGACGAGGAGAUCGAACUGGGAACCGCCAAACUGGAGACUUUAUUAGAAGGAAUAGUGGACCGCAAUUUUGAUAGAUUCGAGCUCUAUGUUUUACGGAAUAUCCUCGCGAUUCCCGACGAUGUCGCCGAUGGCUGGAUGAGACUGUCACAUCACAAAGGAAUCGACUUUUCAAUAUCACACGCGAACCUCGAUAACAGGCUAUUAAAUCUUCGGAAAACGCUCCAAGCCUCAUACUACGCCAAUGAAAAGCUUAGGAUAAAGAGCCGUCAAAAUAGACAGUUGAUCACAGUUCUCAAAACAUAUGAUGCAGCGCUGUCCUUUCUGCGACGUACGAGUGGUGUCGCGCCUAUGGACGAGACGGUGCGCUUCCUGAUUGCACAAAGUAAGGAGAUCCAGCUGCGAGUCGCCAGUCUGCGCAGGCUUGAGGAGAAUUCGACUGUCGAGCUCGGCGGAGAAAGCAAGUUACCGGUCAGUUUGCCUGACGAGGGUGUUGCGGCGUCCGAGCGUGAUGUGUAUAUUGAGAAGAUGACGGCGAUGAUUGUGAACAAUACCAAAGAGACGGAAACAGAGGAGUGAAGAUGGUACAGCUGCUGUACCUUGUAUUUUUAGUUUUACCAUUUCGGGGGCGUUGUCUGAGAGUGGGAGUUUACUGAUAUUUGUGUGUCAAUUACGGUAACGACUUUUUAUGUUCAGGUUUGGAAUAUAUGUAUAUUAGCAUGAUUACGACGGAAGAGGAGGUUAUUUAAAUGAACAGGAUAG